AUGACGCGUAUUGAGGUUAUUGCUAAUUCUCACGGAGUCGUUUCUGAGGGAGACGAUGUUCCUAGUGCGCUUGUUCAACAUUACGAGAGUUUUCUUGGUCGGGAAGAUGAUAUUUCUUUACAUCCCACAAAUGAUCUUUUUGACAAGAAGCUGCUUCCUGACGAUGCUAACCAUAUGGUUCGGUCGGUUACUAGUGGCGAGGUCAAGUUGGCUAUGUUCUCUAUUGGUAAUGAUAAAGCUCCUAGUCCGAAUGGCUAUACGGCUGCGUUUUUCAAACAUGCUUGGCAGAUUAUCGGCCAAGAUAUAUCAUGCGCCAUUAUUGACUUCUUUAGUUCAGGUAAACUUCUUCGAGAGCUCAACAACACGUUAAUUGUUCUUAUUCCAAAGAAGCCGACUCCAUCGAAUGUUACGGAUUAUCGCCCCAUUGCAUGUUGUAAUGUUAUUUACAAGUGCAUUAGUAAAAUUAUAGCAGACCGUAUUAAACACUCCCUGAACCAAAUUGUUAGUAUUAACCAAUCUGCCUUUGUUCCGGGAAGAAAAAUCUCAGAUAACAUCUUGCUUACGCAAGAAUUGAUGCAUAAUUAUCACAGGAAUUAUGGCCCUCCGAGGUGUGCUUUUAAAGUUGAUAUUCAGAAAGCUUAUGAUACGGUUGACUGGAGGUUUCUCAAGCAGGUGCUUAUUGGUUUCGGUUUUCAUGUGAAAAUGGUAGAUUGGAUUAUGCUGUAUGUGUCUUCUCCUACUUACUCGAUUUGUGUUAACGGAGAAGUUCAUGGAUAUUUCAAGGGAAGACGUGGCUUAAGGCAGGGGGACCUUCUGUCUCCUUAUUUAUUCACUCUUGUUAUGGAAAUUCUGACAUCUCGGGUUAUAAAAGAUCUAGAGGCAAAGAUGAGAAAUUUCUUGUGGUCUCAAGAAGUUUCGUUUCAUAGAGGGAAGGUGAAAGUUUCGUGGAAAGUGAUUUGUGUGCCCAAAUAUGAAGGUGGUCUUGGUAUUCGGCGUCUUGGGAAUUUGGAAUUGGAGAAAACUUCUUCAGUUACAGCCAAUGGUGAGGGAGCAUAUAUGGUCGUCUUGGGUACGGGUAACACUAUUUCGGCUUGGUAUGACACUUGGUGCCAGCUUGGUCCUCUUUCUAGCAUGUUAUCGCCUCGUGUUAUUACUAAUGCGGGUUUUAGAUUGGAUGCCAUGGUCUCGGAUGUCUAUAGGAAUGGUGCUUGGGUAUGGCCGGCUGCUUGGAGGGACCUAUUCCCGGUUCUGAAUCAGUUGGACCAUACUCAUCCGUGUCCGAACAAGCUUGACCAUUUAUAUUGGAAGCAUGGUGAUGAGUUAAUGGAGCAUUCUUCCUUUUCGGUUUGGAACUCGAUGAGAACUAGCCAGCAGGAAGUUGAUUGGACAACUAUAGUUUGGUUUCCUCAAUGCAUUCCCAGACAUGCUUUCCUGGUGUGGCUGAUUAUGCGUCGGAAACUCCUCACACAAGACAAGAUUUUAAAUUGGGGCUUGGAUAGGAGGAAAAAUAUGAAUAUGAUGUGUUGCCUCCUAUGCUAUGCGGAUGUCGAUUCUCAUGAUCAUUUGUUCUUUGAAUGUAAUUUAUCUGCUCAGGUAUGGUCUUUGAUUCGAACAAAGGUUGGUAUGGAUACAAUAGAGCCAAAAUGGAUGUCGAUUGUGAACUGGUUAAUGGCGAGGCAAAGAUCGAAGACGGCCGAAGAUUUUGUUGCUCGGUUACUUGUGGGUGCGGCGGCAUACACGAUAUGGCAAGAACGCAAUGCUAGACUUUUUAAAAAUCAAACGAGACCGCCUGAUAUCCUAUGUGAAAUAAUCUUAAAGACUGUUCGUUACAAACUUAUGGGAGUGAAAUUCAAAUCGUGUGCUAAUGUCAGGCGUUUGCUAGGAGCUUGGGAGAUCCAUGUCGUUGCUAUGGAAAUCGAUGGAGGCUGA